AUGCCUGACGGAGACGACGAUUAUGAUUCUUUCCCUUCUGUUCAAUCACACGUUCAUUCUCCCCCACGCUUCCAACGACCUUCUUCACGUCAGUUAUCCGACUACCUUCCCAUCGAUCGCAUCUCGACCCUGACCUCUUCGUCUCAAUUCUCUGGCCCACUUCUGUCCGCUCUCACGUAUCAACCCGAACCGUUGUCUGAACCGUACGUCUCCAGCAAUACUCGUGCAGACGAUUCUCGCGAAAGAACUCCGUCUCCCGACCCCAGCGAGUUCUAUCGCCCUUACACAACCCAUGAUGCGCAAAAUAGUUCAGGCGUAGGGAGCCUGCUGCCAGCCGCCGACGUUCGACCCGGAAUGACCACAAUCACUUCUGCUCCUCGUUCUCCCGAAAUCUCAAAACAAUUCGAUUCCUAUCGACGCAAUAGAUCGACUCCUCGUUCCUUUCAAUUACGAUCUACUUCAGGAGGGUCUGGUACAUCGCCAAGUGACGGUGCUUCUCGUUCACAACAGCCCGGACGAUUUAUCGGCGCACGGAGUCGGCAGGCCUCCUUCAAGGACUUGGUAGAACGGUUCAACAAGAAUAUCGACGAAGUUCCUCCGGUCCCUGUUCGACCAACAUCCGCCUUUUCGUCUCGAGCAGCGAGUCCCGCCCCCAGUUUCAACAACCGCAGUCGUUCUGGAACACAGACACGGGAGAGUGCUCAUCGUCACCCCCCCGACAUAUCUCCCCCGACAUCAUUCCCGCCUUUACCAAAUCACGAUCGGCCGGAGCUAUCUCAAUCCAGUCUUUACCAACCCCAAAUUCCACCUUAUCAGACCUACGGCGGUGGACCCUCUCGUCGACCACUGUUUGGUGAACUUUUGACGAUUGACACGGCCGUGAAUGAUCGGCCAGGACAUGGUAUUCACCAAGCUUAUCAUCGUCGCAGAGGUUCAGAGAGUAGCAUUUCCAGUCCGCACCCGUUCAACAAUUCUCAAGGAGGAGGAGCUUUUGGUCCAGUCAUAUCACCUUCGUCGCCUACAGCUUGGUACUUGGGAUAUACUCACUCGCUAGAAUCCGUUAACAAAACGAUUGAGACGGGCCGCAAUCACCGCCGAUCAAGGAGCGACGCUUCGUGGACGACCUUAAAACCUAGCGUGGCAGGUCCUCUAGGUACACAGAUGGCUGUCAGCUCAUCGCAAGAUACAAUCCCGACCAUGAAUUCAGAAAGUUCUCACACAAAGUCCCGUAUUCCUGUAGCGAGUAGACGAGGGAGCCGGGCAUCGGAAUCUUCUACACCUUCAUCCCCUUCAACACGAACUGGCUCAGCAAUUGGGUUUCACCCACACUCGACAUCGCAGAUACCGCUUGCUCCCAAGGGCAGCAGUCGACUACCAAAGCCUCUUAAUCUAUCAACUUCGGCGUAUAGUCCGGAGCGGAAAGUGCCAGUGCAUAAUACCGUCAAAUCGCCUGGUCGCAGGAACGUUGUUCACAACCAUGGAAGUCCUCGUCAGGUGCCGGACAAAGGAUCGCUGAAGGUAUAUGUCUCUGCGCCUCCACCAAAAUUGUCUCCGCCUCUGCGCAGUUCGAGGCCACGACAACCUGUUUCUGCAGCGAGCACUGCAGCCUCACGUGCGAAGGUUGUUGAUCGCGUUUCUCGUUUUCAGACAUCACAGAAUGAUGAUAGCACGCGAAAUCCUCGAACUAGAACACGCAAACCCCCAGAGCUGGGUAAUGUGGACUUUGCUGCACGGCGACAACGUAUUCAGCAAGCUUUCAACAAAUCUGUCCAAGAGACCGUCAAGAAGGAGGAAGAAGCUGCUGAACGUCGAAGAUUAGCCCGGUAUAAAAGAGAUGAGCAGGUGCGAUCCAUGCUCAUUCGUGAAGGCGAGCUCCGCAAGAUGGCUUCAAUGGAGUCUGCAUCGACGCCUGUGCAACUUUACCCUAACGAUGGUUUUUCUGACCCCCAGCCAGCUACACCUGGAGAAAUGACUACUUCGGAGCCUACAAACACCGAUCCUCAAAAUCCUGUUCCAAGCUUGUCUGUUAUCACUCCUAACAACUUUGACGCUCACCAACCAGAGGCAGUACCUGAACGGCUAGCUGAUUCUCCCACGCUGGGUGCAUCAACAACUCCAAAUAUCCACCCAGCUCCCGUUGAUCCAUCGGACAUCCCUCCCUCUUCUGCCGUCACAACAGCUACUAAUGAUACCGGCUCUACCAACUUUGAUCCUGAACCCCAAGUCGGUCUUGAUCACCAUGAAUCUCAUCGCGAUCUUCUCAGUCGCAUAAUGCAACUACGCGAGUCGAGCUCCAGUAGCGAGUGCGAUGAAGAUGAGGACGACGAUGAUGAUAAUGACUUGUGCGAUGAGGAGGCGGAUGAGAAAGGAUCAAUCCGCAUCAUGCUCGAUCCCACCAGGGCUACUUUCUUCUUAGACGGGAUAGAUCGUGGACAAAAGAACGACCUUGAAACAAGCAAGAACGCAGGAAGCGACACCACUGGUCAUGACGAUGUCAAUAGAUGGAGCAUGGCAUCCUGGGCUUCAUCCACGCGGGAGCAACAGUCGAGUUUAGAUAGCCAGUGCGACGCUGAAGAUGAUGCCGAAGACGAUGCUGAUGAGCCGCGCGAUUCGAUUGAUCAUGAAAGUCGGCCAUUGCCGCAAUGGAACGAAUCUACGAACCUACGCCGCCAGGCCACUCUGGACUCUUUUCACAGCAAGCCUAAAAGUAUUGAGACUCACAAACGACAGCGCUCACAUCCCGAUAAUCUGAUUAGACAAGGUGGUUGGGAUUCAAAACGCGUCACUCAGCUCUAUUUGCAAGAACUAGCGCGAGGCGGUUUAACAGAAUCCUUGGGUCAAUCAUGGGAGACCUUUGAUGAAAAUCGAAAUGAACAACCUGAUAGUAACGGCCUGGAAGAACCGGUCGUGCUAUCACAUUUGGGUGAUGUGACUCCAGAUCGCAUCGCACACCGGGCUAGUCUAAAUCUACGUGAUGACUGGGAAAGCGCUUCGCCGUCAAUUGCAGAUUGGAUUCAAGUGGCUACAGAAGACGAGCCACCAGUCCCGCCGCCGAAAGAUGAUAUACCGCCAGCAAACAAGAAUCUUUCUGAGAUUUUCACUUCUUCCUCUCCACAGGUCAAUAAUUCAUGGAAUGGACUGGGUCUCGCGAUUCACGUGCAAUCUCCCGUAGACGAGUCAAGAGGUACUCUCAUCCCGCCAAUGCCAACUUAUAGUCCUCCUCCAGCACCAAAAGAUGACUCAGCCUUGGACCCUGCACCGCAAUCUGUUUCGCCCAGCAUCUACACUAGUCAACCUCCCUCAAGUAACUUUUCGAGUGAUCCAUUUCCCACAAUUGAGGAACAUGUCCCAGUGCGCCAUAGUGAGGAUUCGUACUUGACGCAGACAGGAUUCACUCCAUCGCCACCGACUGUGGCAUCAUCUGCCACUUCUCAGUAUCAGAUCGCUCCUCCAGACGCUGGAGAGGCUCCAGUUGGCUCCCCAACUCCUGAGCAGAAGCAAUUGAAACAGCGCCGGAAUGUGAUUAAGGAGCUUGUCGACACGGAAUACACUUAUGGCCGCGACAUGAAGGUGGUGGACGACAUUUACAAGGGAACGUCCAGUUCAUGUUUGGAUUUAUCUGCAGACGACGUGAGGACUCUUUUCGCCAAUUCCGAUCAGAUCGUGCAAUUUUCUAUGAAUUUCUUAGAUGCACUAAAACAGUCAGCCAAAAGUGUCUACGUGAUGCCGAAAUCUGCGCGUUGGAACAGUAAAAAGGGCCAACGUAACGGCCGUACCGAUUCACCAGCCGAAGCGCCAAAUUCGGCUUCUGGUCUGUCUAACUUGGAGCAAGAUCAGCUUACCUUUGUUGGCCAUGUUUUCAUGGAGAAUAUGACCCAGAUGGAAAAGGUUUAUACGGAAUACCUGAAGAACCACGACGCGGCCAAUAAGAAAUUGCAGGUAUUACAGCGUAACCCCAAAGUGGAGAUCUGGUUGAAAGAAUGUCGAGAUUGGGCGGCCGACUUGACAGAAGCCUGGAACUUGGAUGCUUUACUCGUGAAGCCUGUCCAGCGUCUAGUCAAAUACCCGCUACUGUUAAACCAGUUGAUAAAUGCCACGCCUGAGCAUCACCCCGACCAUGCAGCUUUGGUUCAAGCAUUGGAAGCAGUUACCAAGAUCUCAGUUCGCAUCAACGAUUUGAAGAAACGAGCCGAUGUAGUCGGUCAAGUCGUCAGCAACCGGAAGAGAAAAGAAUCCGAUGUUCGUUCCGGAUUCACCAAAGCGUUUGGUCGUCGCACCGAAAAGCUUCGACAACAAGUUGGUCUGUCCGAAAUGUACGAAGACACCGAGUAUAAUUCCAUGGCUAACCGCUUCAACGAACAUUUCUUCCAGCUGCAAGUCGUUAUGCGGGAUGUUGAAAUGUACACUAGAGAGAUCAAGUCGGGCAUGGAGAUGUUCAACAACUACGUUGUUGCCAUUCAAGGCUGUCUUGAUGUAGCGCAAUCCAAUUACACGGAGAUUGAGAGCAAGUGGCACCGGUUGCGGAUGUUUGUAAGGGAGAUUAUCAAUGUUGCUCUCCCUGAACAUGUCGCAACCGUCCGGAAAGGCGUAAUCGAUCCCAUGUUGACACUGCUCAAGCUAUACGAAGGCCCGCAGAAGGUAAUGACUAAGCGGAAUAAGAGACUACUUGAUUAUGCCCGGUAUAAAUCUGUCAUCGACCGUGGCGAUAAGCCCGAUAAACGGACUAUCGAGCAGGGUGAACAAUUCUCGGUGCUAAACGAUGCGUUGAAGGAUGAACUUCCCCGGCUUUUUAGUCUUACUGCUAAGCUUAUGGAGGCAUGUCUGAAGAAGUUUGUUUCGAUACAAGAACAAUGGUAUCAGAUCCUUCAACAGAAACUGGGACCUAUUCUCGAUCGCUUCCCCGGGGAUAUCUCCGGCAUUGUCAGUGAUUGGUCAGCUGAUUUCUCCUUUGUCGAUGCGCAAAUAAUAUCACUUGCACUUUGCAACGGUACUCUUCUGUCCGAAGCGGGGAAUCUUGUCAAUUUCAAUGCUCCUCUACCAGAUGGCCCGACUUCGCCUCGACGACCUUCUACUGUUACAAGUAACCGUACUGCGUCAGGGACAUUUGAAAGCUCCCCGAAAGUGUCUUACGAUCUCGGUCAAUCAUACGGCAUGGAUGGACAGACUGAUCAUUCGAACGGCUCUCAUUCAUAUAUCGGAGCUCCGAGUCGUACUCGUGCUAGUUCAUCAUUGUCUAAUGUGACUCGUGCAGGAGUAAGCGCAGAAUCGGUCAACGGCACUGGUUCAAUGGCUCAAGCAUUAUCAUCAGGAAGACCCAGCACUGGUUCGACGGGUCGUCAAACAGAGUCGUUUCACACCGCGCCUCGAUUGAGUCUCGAUAUGCCUUUUAUGCGUGAUUCUUUGCUUCAAGAAACCAGAACCGCAGACUCAACAGCCUCGCCUGCUCGAUUCUCGGGAUUUUUCUCGUCAGCAAUGCCAAUGUCCGAUUCACCAAUGCAAGAAUCCGCUGCUGCUGCAGCCCCGUCAACAAACCCCAACCCCAAUCCGAAAGUUUUGUUCCUUGCAGCCAGUCUCUACGAAUUCAAUAUUGAUAAGUCCCGCCGUGAAGCGGGAUACCCUUAUCUCACCUACACAGAAGGCGAAGUAUUUGACGUGAUUGCAGAAAAGGGCGAGUUGUGGCUUGCUAAGAAUCAAGAUGAUCCUUCGGGGCAGGUGGGAUGGAUAUGGACUCAGCAUUUUGCAAAAUUACCCGGUUGAUUCAUACCAAGCCAUUGUACAGGAUGAUCUAUGACCAUGACCAUGGAUAGCAAUUUUCUUUCUUUUCCCGGCAUUUUAGGCGCUUUUAUCACGAUUGAUGACUACACCCCAUAUUCACGAUGUUUUUAUUUUCUUUUCGAUAUUGUCUAUCGAGUUCAACGUUCGACAGAGCAUUUGAUUUCGUUGAUUUUCUUUCUCAUGUUCAUACUUAUCUAUAUUACAUGCAUACCUAGCUGUGAUCAGCUGUAUAGGUAGUUGCUAAUACCCUGAAACUGUCUGACAUGUACACUUUUUUCUUUCUGCUCAUUUCUUUCUGCCCUUGCAGAUGAUUCUGUCUGCUCUUGUUUGACCGCUGUAUGACGGUCGUAUCCAUGUAUUGAGGAUUCCUUUUCGGGGGCUGUAUUUGUUCUGGUGUAGUGUAGAUACCCAAUUAGUGUUUAUGUUUCUUAUCAUUCUUUCGGAGAAUUGACGAUGUAGUUG